UCCAAGCUGGCUCCCUCCGCUCGGGGAGUGUUUCGCAUUUAAACAAACACGGUCCUGACGAAGAUGGCGGAGAGUUUGUAGAGGUGUAAAAGAAACUGUAUUACUCAAUGAAAGCGACGGAGCCGGAGAUGUUGAGGCACUGAAGACCCUGGAUGGAGCUUGACUGGGGCUUGUACUGGUUAAGGUGCUGAUAUGCGCUGAAGAUGAGUGGCAUAGGAGACAACUCGUUGGAGCCGCUGUGCUCCGACCGCAAACGUAAACUGUCCACCUGUGACACACCAGGCUUAGGGUGUGACAAGCGUCGGAGGGAACAGGAGAGUAAGUACAUCGAGGAGCUGGCUGAGCUCAUCUCUGCCAACCUCUCCAACAUCGACAGCUUCAACGUCAAGCCUGACAAAUGUGCCAUCCUGAAGGAGACUGUGAGACAGAUCCGACAAAUCAAAGAGCAAGGAAAAAGCUCUUGCAGUGAUGACGACGUCCAGAAGGCAGAUGUGUCCUCCACUGGUCAAGGGGUUAUUGACAAGGAUCAUCUGGGACCGCUGCUCCUACAGGCCCUGGAUGGAUUUCUGUUUGUGGUUAACCGAGAGGGCAGCAUUGUAUUCGUGUCAGACAACGUGACGCAGUAUCUUCAGUACAAGCAGGAGGAGCUGAUUAACACCAGUGUGUACAACAUCAUCCAUGAUGAGGACAGGGAGGAGUUUCACAAGAAUCUUCCCAAGUCCAAUGCACCCAAUGGGGCAUCGUGGGGUGCAGAGGCGCCACGGCAGAAGAGCCACACCUUCAACUGUCGUAUGCUGGUGAACUUUGUUCACAGCCAAAGUCAUGGGAUGUCAGAAGAGCGGCCCGGGGGCCAGCGCUAUGAGACCAUGCAGUGUUUUGCCCUCACUCAGCCCCGGGCCAUGAUGGAGGAAGGAGAAGAUUUGCAGUCAUGUAUGAUCUGUGUUGCCCGACGCAUCAUUGCGGUUGAGAGGACGGAGAGGUUUAGCACUCGCCAUGAACUCUCUGGUAAACUCAUUGAAAUUGAGCAGCAGAGUUCCCCUCACACCACUAUGCGUCCAGGCUGGGAGGACCUCGUGAGGCGCUGCAUGCAGAUGUUCCUCCAUCGAAGUGAGGGACAACCAUGGUCCUACAAACGCCACUAUCAAGAUGCUUUCCAUACUGGUCAUGCAGAGACCCCACUCUACCGCUUCUCCCUCUCUGAUGGCACCCCAGUCACAGCCCAGACCAGAAGUGACCUGUGCAGGAACCCCAACACCAAUGAACCGCACUCUUUUCUUUCCACACAUUUGCUACAGAGGGAACAGAAUGGUUAUCGUGGGAACCAGGGUGGAGGUAUGAGACCUCCUAACAUUGGAGUGAACAAUCCUAAUCAACAGAUGAACAUGGUCCCAGGAGGUGGAAUGGGCAUGAACAGAGGCUAUGGCAUGGCUGAACAGGGCAACAUAGCUCAAAGAGGAGCACCCCCCUACACGGGGGGAAACCGCAUGAAUUCCAUGAACCAGAUGAAUCCCAUGAAUCAGAUGAAUUCCAUGCAUCAGAUGAAUCAAAUGAGUUCCAUGCAUCAGAUGAACAACAUGGGUCAAAUGAGUCAGAUUAAUUCCGGGCAUCCAGUGAACUCCCCCAUGAACUCCAUGAACCAGAUGGGGCCCAUGAAUCAGAUGAGCCACCAUGGCAUGCAUCAGCAGCAGCAGCAGCAGCAGCAGCACCAACAUCAGCAGAUGGGUCCGUUCCAUGGUGCUGGAGGCGGACCAGGGGGGUAUGGGAUGGGAAUGACAAGUCCUCCCCAAGUCAGUCCAGGGAUUAACGGCCCACCACACAAUGUAAUGGGCUCACCCAGGAUCCGAGGAAGCCCCAAGAUGGGUGCCAGCCCUUUCUCUCCUGGAGGUAUAAACUCUCCCAUGAGCUCUAGUCACCCUAGUAACUCUGGAGGGGGAGGAGGAGGCACCACCUUUUCCAGCAGCUCCUUAAACGCCCUCCAAGCCAUAAGUGAGGGAGUAGGAAAUCCCAUGACCUCCCCCCUCACCUCUCCCCCUCCCCACAAGCCUGACAGCUCUCCAAGCAUCAACUCCACCAAUCAAGCAGCAAGUGGUCCCUGUAAACCAGGCCUCCCAACCUACUCUGACUCCAAGAGCCCGGGCAGCUCACUCGGGGCUGGAGGAGAGCAGCCAUCUCAGCAGCACCCGCAUACCCCAACCAGUGAAGGCCCUCCCGACAAGCCAGACAGCCAAGUGAACAGAGAGGCAGGUCAAUUCGCAGCAGAAGCCAACCGACGAGUCCCUGACAGCAAGAACCACAAGAAGCUUCUGCAGCUCCUCACCUCCCCCACCGACGAGCUGGUGCCACCAAAUCAUUCAACAAGCUCUGGGCCGGGCUCAACCCCUGAAGCUAAAGACGGAACAGCUAGCGUCACCAGCCCCUCGUCUUCAACCGGAGUGUCCUCAUCCACGGGAGGAAAUCCGAGUUCUGCCCCUUCCUCCGGUGGCACAGGACAUUUAACAAGCCAGUCACUGCAGGACAAGCACAAGAUCCUCCACAAGCUGCUGCAGAACGGAAACACUCCAGAUGAGGUGGCUCGGAUCACUGCUGAGGCCACUGGGAAGAGCAGCCUGGAAUCGGGGGCGCCCGAGCCAGGACCGGCAGCCACCGGAGGGGCAAGGGGAUCAGAGUCAAAGCAGGAACAGCUCAGCCCUAAGAAGGAGAAGCCACACGCCCUCCUUCACUACCUCCUCAAUAAGGAUGACUCUAAGGAAGUUGGUGAUGUCAAACCAAAACUGGAGGACCUGGAGGGGAGAGGGGCCCAAGGUGCUGGGGUCACCAGCUCGGACACCCACUGCCUGGAUGGGAAGGUCAAGAUGGAGCCAUCUGAUGAGGCAGAGACCCUGGAGACCAUUCUGGGGGUCCCAAGGACUAACACUGGCUUCUACCCUGAACCUGACUCGAGAGCAGGGAAGGAGGUUGGAAACAAACAGGGAAAUAUGCCGGACAGUUUGCAUGAUGGGGAAAGAGGCCCCUUGCCUCCAGUUCAGCGAGGUGCCUAUCAGAGAGCCUUGUCCGUGGAUGCUAAGCCUAUGGGUGGAGGGGGGCUGGCUGGGAGAAGGAAUGUACCCUGUCCCACGUUGAUCAAACAGGAGAACAUGGAUGCUCCGAUCAGACAAGGCUUCCCUGGAGGCAUGAAUGCAGGUCCACCACGAGGCAAUCCAAUAAGAGGUAUGGGCAGGGGAAUGGGAAUGCCCCAGCGCCCUCCAAUGUCCGGGCCAGGAGACUGGGGUAUGCCGAGGUCCAGCAGCGGUCCUGUCACUGGACCAGGACACCCUGGUAUGGGUCGCACUGGUCCAGUGAGUGGAUCCAUGAUCAACCGCUCCAACAGUGUACCUGGAAACACAAGGUCUAUGCUACAGCAGCAACUCAUGGACAUGGGUACAAAUGAAGCCAAUAUGGGUGUGAAUCGUUUUGGUGGACAUGGGCCCUUACCUCAGUCCCCCUCCUGGCCAGACUCUGCCAUGGGUACGGACAGACCACAUGCUAAUACAAACAGGGAUCAAUUUGGGCAUCCCCUAGAGGAGCUGUUUGGGCCCCUCACUGUCAGUGAGGGCCCGAGUGAUGAACGGGCACUUCUUGACCAGUUGGACUCUCUGCUCAAUACUGCUGAUGUCAUCGCUCUGCAGGAGAUAGACCGAGCCCUAGGCAUCCCUGAAAUAGUAGGCCAGAACCAUGGACCUGAAGGCCGUCAGCAGGGCCCCGAUCAAGGCCAGGGUCAGUGUCCACCAUCAGAGUCUUUCCCCAGGCCGGACUCGUCCUUAGGUGUGGACCAAAAACCCAAUUACAGCCAAGGCUACCCUGGGCCACCAGGACCCUCAGCCAUGGGUAUGCAGCGUGGUUAUGGAGGAAACGCAAUACAAAGCCAGUCUCCUGGAAGCUUUAACCCCAUGAUGAAUCAGAUGGGCCAGGCAGGGGGCUUCCCUGGCAUGACAAACAUGGGUAACCCCCGUGCUAACAUGAUGCGACCUCGCAUGAUGACUGCCACCAAGCCUAUGAGACUGCAGCUGCAGCAGAGGCUGCAAGGACAGCAGUUUAUGAAUCAGACCCGACAGGCCAUGAAGAUGGAACAUGCCCCUGGAGGAAACCCUGCCAUGCAUCAAGGCAUGCAACCUGCCAUGCAACCUGCCAUGCAACCUGGUAUUCAACCUGCCAUUCAACCUGGUAUUCAACCUGGUAUUCAACCUGGCAUGCAGCCUGCAGGCAUGGGCGGUCAGCAACCUGGUUUCCUGAACGCCCAGAUGAUGGCUCAGCGUAGCCGAGAGAUGAUGACUAUGCAGAUGAGGAGGCAGCGAAUGAUGAUGCUGAUGCAGCAGCAACAGAGGCAGGAGCAGGGGGCACCGAGAGGCUUCAGCCCGCCUCCAAAUGUGACGGCACCAGGAGGCAUGGAGAGCCCUAUGGGAGGUCCCCCCAUGAACCAGCCUGGACAGCAAGGCUUCAACUAUGGAGGAAACUAUGGGAUGAACCAGCAGGGGGACCCAUCAUUCAUGGCCCCAGGUAGCAGCCCACCAGCAAACAUGAUGCAAGGACGAAUGGGAGGUCCUCCUCAGAACAAUAUGAUGCAGGGGAUGCAAGCCAAUCCACAGGGAGGGCCCAUGUACCCCUCAGGAGACAUGAAAGGCUGGCCACAGGGCGCCAUGCAGCGCAGCAACUCAUAUCCCCAGCAACAGUUCCCCCAACAGGGCAACCAGGGUCAGUUUGGACCCAUGAUGAUGAACAACGCCAUGGGUGGACCUGGGCCAGUGGCGGGUGCUGGGCAGAUGGGCCAAAUCCCGGGCCAAAUACCGGGCCAGAUGCCAGGACAGAGGCAGGGCCAGAUGCAAGGCCAAAUGGCCAUGAACCCCAUGGGGAUGGGUAGGAUACCAAUGGGACCUGAUCAGAAGUAUUGCUGAUAAACUGUAGCUGACAGCAGAAUCUGGCAGAGGGGUGCUAGCCCCUAGAAGAGGUGGACCUGAACAAAAAGUAUAAACGGGAGAAUUCUCCAGAAUAACACUUGAUGCAGGAGACACAGAACAACCCACUGUUCAUCCUGGAGAAAAAGAGAAACAUGCGCUGGGCAUCAUCUCCAACUGACACCACAAACACUGUAACCUUGUUAAGGUGAUGCACAAUACCACACACAAAUAACAGUGUGUGCGCUUAUGCAUGUUUGUGUGUGUACAUGUGAAUGACCCAGAGCCAUCAGGAAGUAUUCGGUGUCACGGCUAGGCUGCAGAGCAGGACUAUGGUACAACUGUGGUGGCACUUUACCUGGAGGCUUCUGUGUGAAAUUAAGAUUGAUGCAAUAUUUCUUCAUCAUUACAGCCUUACUAGAGAUUCAAUGCCUUCAUACCUUUGGGUUUCUCUUAUCUUUCUUAUGCUUUGGAUGCACCCCAUUGUUGAAGUCAUUGGAAUAUAAGCACACAGUUUUCUGUCAUGCAGAUUGGAGCAAUAAGUCUUGCCUCUAUGCUUUAGACUGUAACUGAGCAUCAUAACCCAUUUUUAUUAGCAAACGAAUGGUACUGCAGUAUUAGAUGUCUCAAAUGUCCUCUGUGAAUAUUAAUUGUAAAUAUUCUACAAAAUAUAUCAAAAAUGCUUUUUAAAGGCCCAUAAUUGCACAAUGUAUGAGACCUGGUUGUAUUUUUGUGUCCCCAUAGGUCAACAAUACUGAUUUGGUUCAUUUGCUUUUUUGUAUGCCUUUGCAAAUAUAGCAGGCAUGUUUGGGGUUUUCUUUUCCUUGUUUUUCCAUCUUUUUUUGAAUGCUGUAUUUUCAAAUUUUCCAAAGUCCAAGUCAUGUAAUUCAUGUUUUAGCGAGGCACUUUUUUUUGUGAUAAGUAUCUGAUGAGUUGAAGAUUUGAGCUUUUCACACAGUCGGAGGUUUGAUUGGAGGGUUGUGGACGAAUGAUAAGAUGUUGUUGGGUUCCGUGUAAGCUGAGCUGUUAGUUCGUCUUGCUUUUUUUUUUUUUUUUUAAAUAUGCAGUACAGUGAUGACGGAAUCACACACUCCUCAGUUUACCGACAUGCCUGGUUCUCUCAGUGUUCUCCCCUUCCUACUAGCUCCUUUUUCGAGUGUGUUUUAUAUAAACACAAUCUUCUUUUGACUGUUUUUGUCAACUCACUGAAUCUACCUUUCAACAUGCGCAAUCCAAAGAUACUUUUCCAUGUCUUUGUAUAGUUUCUGAGGUUUCAGGUGUACAUUUUUGAUGCUAUGUGUUAUAUUAGUGUGAUGGUAAAUGGGUACAUAUCAUGGAUCUGUAAAAGUGUAUGAUGGUUAUGUACUGGAAGCAUAAGGGGAUAAGUUGUUCCACAGUGAGGAGCUAUCAAUGCAGCGUGGAGAGGACUGGACUCAAAAACUUUAGAGCAUAACAUCCGAACAUCUGGAUAACACCUGUUGUGCUGUAAAAGAAAAAACACUGAUGGAAGGAAAUCCACCUAAAGACAUAUCAAUAUCUAUUUUUUCAGAAAACAACUUCAUUGUAUGUCCAGAUUUUAUUACUUCAUGCAGAGGAAUUUUUUCUAAAGUUCGAAUGAAGUACAAAAUGAGGCAAGUGAUCAUGCGGUUAGUUUUUGUUUUUCUUUGUUUGGAAGAUAAGCUGUCAUUUUACAGGUUGUAUAUUACAGAUUUAUUCUGUCGAUGUUGAUAUUGAUGUAAAUACAAAUUUCUAUUUAAACAC